UGAUCCGGAAGUGUUUUUGCACGGUGCACACAUGUGCGUAACUUACCGUGUUUGGAGUUUCUCACGUGCUGGUCUGUGACGCUUAUUGCAUAAAAACAUUAGCACCUCACUCAGAAAAUAUGAAGUUUGCUUACAAGUUUUCCAACUUAUUAGGGUCAUUUUAUCGCCAAGGGAACCUGUCUUUCUCUAAAGAUGGCAAUUUUGUCAUCAGUCCAGUCGGCAACCGCAUCUCUGUCUUUGAUCUGAAAAAUAACAAGUCAGAAACCUUGCCAGUGUCUACCACAAAGAACAUCACCUGUGUCGGAAUCUGCCCAGAUGGGAAUCUUGCCAUACUUAUAGAUGAAGAUGGAGCAGCUGUACUUGUCAGCUUGGUCACUCGGGCAGUACUCCACCAUCAUCACUUCCAUAAGCCUGUUCACAGCGUUUGCUUCUCCCCUGAUGGAAGGAAAUUUGUGAUAACGAAGGAAAAUGUGGCUCUAAUGUACCAUGCACCUGGAAGAAACGGAGAGUUUAAUGCCUUUGCAUUAGACAAGAGUUAUUAUGGACCAUUUGAUGAGACAACUUGCAUCGACUGGACUGAUGAUUCCAAGUGCUUUGCUGUUGGUAGCAAGGAUAUGACGACAUGGAUCUUUGGAGCGGAGAGAUGGGCGAAUCUUAUCUAUUACUCACUGGGUGGACACAAGGACAUCAUAGUAGGCUGUUUCUUUGAGAAGGACAGCUUGGACCUGUAUACGGUGAGCCAGGACGGUACACUCUGUGUAUGGGAAAGUGACAGUGAGCUGGAGGACUUGCGCAAGGGCCCAAAAUACUCUGAGAGAAAGAAGAUGGAGGAGGAGAAGAACAAAAGACAUCAAGAAGGGGAGAACGAAGCUGAUGAUGACAUUGAGGUUAUAUUUGGGGAGGAUGUAGAGGCGAUAAAGGGAAGCGCAGAUGCACCCAAAGAGCUGGAAGGCAUAAAAAAUGUCCGCUAUACACAAAGGAGCAAACACUAUUUUAACAAGGAAGGAGAUUUCAACAAAUUGACAGCUGUAGCCUUCCAUAAGAAAAUACGUAUCCUUGUGACAGGCUUUGCGACUGGAGCCUUCCACCUGCAUGAGCUGCCGGAAUUUGACCUCAUUCACUCACUCAGUAUUUCAGAUCAGAGGAUUUCUACCAUCGCUAUUAAUUCUACUGGUGACUGGAUUGGCUUUGGCUGCUCAGGUCUGGGUCAGCUGCUGGUUUGGGAAUGGCAGAGCGAGUCCUAUGUGUUCAAACAGCAAGGACACUUUAACAACAUGAACUCUUUGGCUUUUUCACCUGAUGGGCAGUAUCUUGUCACUGGAGGGGAUGAUGGGAAGGUUAAAGUGUGGAACACCAACAGUGGUCUCUGUUUUGUGACGUUCACCGAACACUCCAGCAGUGUCACCAAUGUUGCCUUCACCUCCAGUGGUUUUGUGGUGGUCAGCGCUUCAACAGAUGGCACCGUUAGAGCAUUUGACUUACACAGGUACCGGAACUUUCGUACCAUGACAUCUCCACGGCCAGCCCAGUUCUCCUCUCUGGCAGUGGACAGUAGUGGGGAGCUGGUGUGUGCAGGUUCCCAGGAUUCUUUUGAGAUAUUCCUGUGGUCCAUGCAGACCGGACGACUGCUAGAGGUGCUCAGUGGUCAUGAGGGUCCUGUCAGCAACUUGUGCUUCAGCCCAGUCCAGUCAGUGCUCGCCAGUGUAUCAUGGGACAAAACUGUCCGGCUGUGGGAUAUGCUGGACAGCUGGCAGACCAAAGAAACCUUGCGGCUGACCUCUGAUGGACUUGCUGUAACGUAUCGUCCUGAUGGUCAGGAGUUGGCAGUGGCCUCUUUGGAUGGUGAGAUUACAUUCUGGAACCCUCGGACUGCAGGACAGGCUGGUUCUAUCUCUGGCCGCCAUGAUCUGCAGAUGGGACGCAAAGAAACGGAGAAGAUCACUGCAAAGCAGUCUGCCAAGGGAAAGUCCUUCACAUCCUUGUGUUACUCGGCAGAUGGUGAAUCAAUCCUUGCAGGUGGCCAGUCAAAGUUUGUGUGCAUUUAUAACAUCACGGAACAGGUCCUGAUGAAGAAGUUUGAGAUCUCCUGCAAUCUCUCCUUGGACGCUAUGGAGGAGUUUCUGGACAGGCGUAAGAUGACAGAGUUUGGGAGUCUGUCCAUUUUGGAUGAGGGAACAGGAGAUGGAGAUGGAGUGGAGCUCAGUCUUCCUGGAGUCAAGCGAGGUGAUAGGAGCUCACGGCAUUUUAAACCAGAGAUCCGUGUCAGUUCUCUCCGUUUCUCACCUACUGGGCGGAGUUGGGCGGCAGCCUCUACUGAAGGUUUGCUGAUCUAUUCUCUGGAUGCUUCACUUGUGUUUGACCCCUAUGAUCUGGACAUGGAUGUCACCCCAAUAAGCAUACGGCAGCAGGUGAAGAAGAAAGAGUGGGCAGCGGCCAUUUUGCUGUCUUUUCGUCUGAAUGAAACAUCACUCGUAAGAGAGGUUCUGGAGGCAGUGCCUUAUGACCAAAUUCCAGUGGUAUGCAGCUCACUGCCAGAUGUUUAUGUGGAUAAGCUUCUGGACUUUGUGGCCUCGACAUUGGAAAGGUCAAACCAUCUUGAGUUCUAUCUCACCUGGUCUCAGUGUCUGCUCACAUUACAUGGACAAAAGCUCAAGAAUCGAUCUGGAACUGUACUUCCUACUGUAAAGCAGCUGCUAAAGAGUAUUCAAAGACACCAUGAUGAUCUGUCCAAACUUUGUGACUGGAACAUGUACAAUAUUCGCUAUGCCAAUGCUCUGUACAAACAGAGAGGGAUGAAGAGAACAGCAACCGAGUCCAUCAGUGAUGAAGAACAGGAGGGGUCGGAGGAAAUGUACUCGGAGGGUGAAGAGGAAAACCUGAUGAGCGAGCCUGUAAUGGUGGAAAACUGAAAUGUCGAUCAUGACCAGUUAAAAUAAAAUAGAGCCAAUAGGUCUUCAGAAGAAAUGGAAAGUACUGUGCACAGACAGAGCCAGGGAUUUAGUGCUGGACAAGAUUGAAUUUUGUUCUGUUGUUUUCUUGUUCAGGUGCAUUCUUUCAGUGUAAACAUGGACAGACAGCAUCUACAUGCCUGUUAGAACAUGCCUGAUGCAUUUUACAUAUGGACAUAUAACUAUUGAUAAUUAUUAACUAUUGUUAAUUUUUUCUUAUUCUUGUAUGAUGAAAAUGUUGAUUUAAUUAUAGAAAAUGAUGGCUUCUAAUAUGUUUUUGUUUUAUUCACAUGUUUUAUUUCACGUCAAUAUUUUUAUGGAACGUGAGAGUCUUGGCCAGUGAAAUCCUGUGUAGUGGUAACACUAGCCAGAACUUGUGCCUGUAGCUCAAAAACCAACCCUGCAUUUUGUUGAUGAAAUGGUAGUCAGCAAUAUGUGCAGGCACAUCCUUGUUUUCCCAGAAUGGGAUGGGGGGCGUGACAGGAUGGCGGAGAGAGCAGACGCUCUGUGAUUAGCUCAGAGUAGCAAAACCUUUAAAAUCAACGGAAUAAACUUAUAACUCAUCAAAACCCUUAUUUAUCAGAUGUAAAACUUAUCCUAAUAAUUCAGACACGUGUAAGUAACCCUGAGCACCCCCUGGAGAACGAUAUUGUAGACCAUAACAUGGCUAGCACAUAAGCUAAUGCUAAAUUGAAAGCUCUCCAAGCACACGACUACAGUAGUCCAGAAAGUAUGGAAACUAAUAUCAGAGGAACCAAAAAUACCUUAACAUCGCCUUCCAAACCACCAGCACCACAGAAAAAGUCAAAAUCAGACGACGUCGUGGCUGCUGGAGCCCAUGCUGAAGACGCCUCUAACGCUGCGAUCCUGGCUGCUAUCGGCACUCUUCAAAACAUGAUGCAGGACUUCAAAGCGGAUCUAAAGCAGAACACGCUGACCAUAGCUAACAUCGCGAAAGCGGUAGAGUUUAACUCGAAAUCAAAGAAUGUAAGGAACAGCCCCAAAAACUGCCCGUCGAGGUGAAACAACUCAAAGAGAUGAACACAGAUCUUGGAAAAAGAGCAGCAGAAGUGGAAAAAAGAGCUGCAGAGUUGGAGCGUUAUAAAAGAAGAUGGAACCUGCGAGUAAAUGGCUUACAGGAAGAAAAAGACAAAAAUACACGACAAAUCAUCUCUGAUAUCAUCGGAAAGAUUGUGCCACAAUGGAGGGAGAAGAUGGAUUUCAUCCUGGACUCGGUACACCGACUGGGGCCGAGUAACACCAACCGCCCUCGUCAGAUCAUCAUGCAGUUCACAGGACGCCACUUCAGGGACGAACUCUGGCGGAUCACCAAACUUCACCCCGUGUGCAAGGAUCUCAACAUCCGCUUCGCAGAAGACCUCACCAAAGAAGACAGAGAGGCACGGAUGGCUGUGUGGCCGAAAGCUGAACAAGCAAGGAAGGCAGGUCUAAAGACAGUGUUCCGGGGCCCCCAUGCUUUCAUUAAUGGACAAAGAGUCUCGCCAUAGACACAACGAUUCAGGGUUUUUGAAUCCCGAAAACAAGUGAGUUGGAAUGAUAACGUUUUCUCAGGGUUUUGCUACUAUUAUAUAUUCCUAAUAGGAAACUCUACUGUUGUUUAAGUUCAGUAAUCCAUUGUUGUUGAUUGUUUGUUGUUUUGUUUUUGCCUAUGUUCAGUUUAAAGAGUACCAUCUCUCUAAUGUCUGUUAAUGCAAGGGGUUUAAGAGACAUGACAAAGAGAAAAAGUAUCUUCUUAUUUUGUAAAGGGAAGACGUCAAAUAUAAUUUUUUUGCAGGAAACGCAUUCUAAGGAUGAUGAUGUUAUAUUCUGGUGUAAACAAUGGGGAGAUGAAGCUUACUUUAGCCAUGGCACUUCAAGAUCAGCAGGAGUCGCCAUCCUCCUAAAUAACUUCAAAGGUCAUAUUGUGUCCCAUAAAGCAGAUGAGUUUGGUCACUGGCAGAUUCUUAUCAUAAACAUUGAUGGUCUGAAAUUCAUCCUAGUCAACUUUUAUGGCUAUAACAUUAGAAGAGAAAACCGAAACCAGCUACUUGAACAAAUUGGCUUAGGGUAAACGUACCUAUUAAGCUCAAGUUCCCAUUAAGCACACUGCCAUAUUUGAGCUCAGAUUAUAAAAAGAAAAAGCAAUGUAUUUUCCUAUUUGAUGUUUUAACCAAUUGAUGUGUUUGUUACUACAUACCUCCUGUAAUUUUAAACCAAUCAGACCAUUGCACACUGAGAUAUGUGUAUCUAUGUGUUCACACUGUCUGGCGGCCAUUUUGGAAGCUGUCUGAAAACUUUCACCAGAAGAGGAGCCCCUCAAAUGUGCAUUUUUUAUAUGUUUAAGCCUUUAUUUUGGUCUUAAGAUGACAAAAGCCAGACGAAACUAUAGUGAGGACGGAGAACACUACGUGAUGAAAUUUCUGAGCAGAGGUCCUGCUAACACGUAUGCCCUGCCAGUGCUAGACAAAAUUGAGGAUGUUGAGAAAAAAUUCAUUCUGUGUAAGGCACAACUAGAGGGUGCAGGACCCUUCUACUUGAAGAACCACCAAGAGAUAGACGAUCUCUACAAAAAGAAGAGAAUAUAAAUAGGUUGACAUUAUGAAGAGGCUUCAUAAUGUGGCUAGUUUCUGUGUUCAUCCCCAUGAAUUAAAUGUUUUAUUGGUUUGUUUUGUUAUUUAAUUGUUCAAUAUGUGUUACUUUGCUGAACGUGGACUAGUCUAGAUGUUGCAAUGAGUUUGAAUGACACGUCACUAAGCUACCUGAUCAAAUUGAAUGCCUUGUUGCUUGAUUUUAGUGUUCUGUUUUUUUGUGAUUGACUCUGUACCUUCAAAAAAACCUUUUUUCAAUCAUUCCAUAAAAAGGUUGUUUAAAAUAAACAAGAUUUUAUAAUAAAACUUGUUGUGAGCU